UUACAUUUACGUCAAUUAUCGCAAGUUGACAACAAAGAUCGCAAGCGAUCUACAACAUUUUCGCACAUUCCUUCUGUUUUAGUUCCUACAUUCCACGAAAAUGAUGCGAGUUACCCGUUUCCUGCCAACAUUAGCCCGAAAUCGGCUAUACACGACUAAUAUCUCUCAGCCAAUUUCGGUGCGAAUCGUGGAAGUAGGUCCACGAGAUGGUCUGCAAAAUGAACCUACGAUUCUUCCGGCGUCGGUCAAGAUUGACCUCAUAAAUCAACUUUCUGAAACCGGACUGCGUACCAUCGAAGCAACCAGCUUUGUCAGCGCCAAAUGGGUACCACAGAUGGGUGAUAACGCGGAGGUGCUGAAGGGUAUUAACAAGCUGCCCGGUAUCUCCUAUCCAGUCCUAACACCGAAUCUUAAAGGAUUUCAGGCAGCGAUAAAUGCAGGAGCGGAGGAAGUAGCAGUUUUUGGGGCAGCCUCAGAAAGCUUCUCUCGUAAAAAUGUCAAUUGUUCGGUGGAUGAAAGUAUUGCUCGGUUUCAGGACGUAAUGGAUGCAGCCAAGCAGGCAAAGGUUAAAGUGCGCGGAUAUGUAUCAACGGUUGUCGGUUGCCCAUAUGAAGGUAAAAUUAAGCCCUCGGCAGUGGUCCGUGUUGUGGAAAAAUUGAUCGAGAUGGGAUGCUAUGAAAUUUCACUUGGAGAUACGAUUGGCGUCGGUACACCGGGAUCCUUCACUGAUAUGUUACGCGAAGUGACAAAAAUUGCUCCGGUUAAUAUGCUAGCUGUCCAUUGCCAUGAUACAUAUGGACAAGCGUUGCCCAACAUUCUGACAUCACUAGACUUCGGCAUCGGCGUCGUUGAUGCAUCCGUCUCGGGGCUGGGUGGUUGCCCGUACGCACGAGGUGCUUCGGGAAAUGCCGCCACGGAAGAUGUAGUUUACAUGCUGCAUGGUCUUGGCAUAGAAACGGGCAUCGAUCUGCCAAAACUGGUGAAUGUUGGAAAGUUCAUUUGCGAUAAACUUGAACGCCAGUCCGAAUCGAAGGUCAAUCGAGCGAUGAGGAAAACUAAUCCGAACGCAUGUUAGGUAGAGGAUUACAAAACAAUGCUUUUAAAAGUAUAAUCAGGGUAAAAAGUGCAUUUACUAGUGUAAGAUUGUUUUCAAGGUAUCCAUUUGAUGGAUCCAUGUGUUUAGGAUCAAACGUUGUACGGAACUACGCUAAAAUUCCAUCCGUUUUAUAUUACAUACAUUGAAUUUCAAGUUGAAUUUCAAAAAACAAUAACAAUAAACGAUCAAAACACAGCUUG